AUGCUGCCCGUGGCAGUACUGGACAUCCAAGCAGGGCACCGCUGCUUGGAUUUAUGUGCUGCGCCGGGCAGCAAGACCGCGCAGAUGCUGGCCAGCUUGGCACACGCCAAUUACAAGAAGUGGGGGAGGGGCUUGGAGAAGAUCGAAGUGAAAGGCAGUGAGCAGUUUUUGCGAGGCAUUGACUAUUCGGGCGACGAAGGCUGUGUGGUGGCCAACGAGAUCUCUGCGGAGCGAGCUGGGAUGCUCGUCCAUCAGAUUGCCAGGCAUCAGUCUUUGUAUCCCUUGGUGGUCUUCACUUCCCACGAUGCUCGCUACUUUCCCAGCCUCCGACGCGAAGACGGUCGCGAAGUGCUCUUCGACCGCAUCCUGUGUGAUGUGAUGUGCUCCAGUGUCUCCUGGCUGCACCGGACGGAUGGGACGCUGCGGAAGUCUCCGCACCUCUGGCGCGAGUGGUCCAGCCGGCUGAGCCUGGAGCUGCACGCGGAGCAGCUGGCGGUGGCGCUGCGCUCGGUGCGGCUGCUCCGGGGGGGCGGCCGGAUGGUGUAUAGCACCUGCAGCCUAUCUCCCGUGGAAAACGAGGCGGUGGUGGCGGAGAUCUUGCGUGCGGCUCCAUGCUUGGCUUUGCUGGAUGUGCGAGAGGAGCUCACCCUGCGGACUUCUCCGGGCUUGGAGACCUGGAAGGUGGCUCACCAGGGUCAGCUCUAUGAAAGCCAUGCGGCCGCCGUGGCGGCGGGCUUCUUCAUCGCAGUCUUUGAAAAGGUGGCCGCGUACGUGGCCAAGGGGGCGGAGGUGGCCGACGCGGAGACGAUCCGUGGAUGCUCGUUCUGCAUGGAACAUUUUGCAAGGGUUGGCAUUGGCAUGAAGCAAGGCUAUGACAGCGACCGCGAUGAGGAUGGUGAAGAGGAAGAACGACAGAAACAGCUUCAGAAGUUGGAGCAGGCGGCGGAGCGCUCAUGCAGCGCGCAAGAGCGGGCAAAGGCUGAGGCGCGGCGAGAGCGAGCCAGGACCUCGGGUUCGCUGGCGCGGGAACUGGCACGUUACAAGUGCCUUGCUUCGAUGCCCGAGCAGGUGUGUGCGCUUCGAGCCUUUUAUGGCUUGCAUGAGAGCUUCCCUGUGCAGCUCUUCUUCAGCCGCCAUCACUUGCAGCUGAUGGCAGAUGGAGAGCUGGUUCAGACGCACCAAGGCGAGGCAAACCAACUUCUCCUGCUGGCCGCGGCGGCGGCUGAGGUGCUCUGCUGCGGCACCGGCGAGCACGCCAAGCGGAAGCUGAAGGUCAUCGCAGGUGGCCUGCGUGCCUUUGAGAAAGACCGUUUCGAGGUGGCCGAGCGCUCCACGUCCUUGAGGCGGGGGUUGGAUUUUUGGGAAAAGCUCAAGCAGCAUCAGCAGCUCACUGGUGCCUGGAAGGAUGUGGCUGAUACGCAUCGUUUGCUGAGCCAGCGGGACGCUGCGACUGCAGCGUUGGUGUCGGCUGGGAAGAGUCAACUGGAAGAGCUGGGCGCAGGAAGUUGGCUGGCUGUUUCGGCCUUGCGAACACGAAAGGCAGUAAGCCUUUUCGUGAACGACCUGAUGAUGCCUUCGAUGCGGCAGGCCAGUGGCGAAGAGAAAGGGGGGAAGCGUCGGGGAUGUUUGAGACUGGAGUCGAGACCUCCCAAAGAGACCUCCCUGCCCAGCGCCUGCGGUUUGCCUGCAGCCUUGCAAGCAGAGGAAGCUGAGAAAAGGUUUGUUUCUGCACGAUUUCAGGGAUUCGAGGUGGACAAGCGUCCUAUGAAAGACUUUGAGCCCUUGCAAGCCGCGCCCGACGUGGGCUUUUGGCAGGAGCUGAGCCAAAGGAAGCUGGACCUGUGGCGCCUGGACUCCUCCAAUGUGCCGGUCACGGCCUUCUACGAAGCUUCCCAGGCCUCAAGGGUUCCUGCGAAGUGCUUCUUGCAGAAGGACGCCUUUCAAGACACACGUGUGCCAGUGGGUGCCGUGAAAGUGGUGGGGGAAUUGAAGAACUUCAACACCGAGGAGGAGUUCCGUGCAUUCUUGGGGAAUGCGGAUGCCAGGCAGAGCUGCUUGGCAGAGGCGGUGGCGCAAAUCUCGAGCGCGAUCGCGUCGGGCAAGGCGCUCCAGGAGCCUUGGCAGUUGAGGCGGCUCCUGCUGUGUAGCUUUGCUGAUCUCAAGAAGUACCACUAUUCCUACCUCUUAACUUUGCCGGCCUUGAAGACGCCAAAACCCUGGCAGCGUGUCAGAGAGCCCAUCGAAGAUUUGGGCCCCGAAGUACUGGCGCUCGUGGCUAAAGGCUUACGUGAGAAGGACUUUGAUGGACUUUGCCUUCUGACACGGGCGGCCGAUGUGGGCUGGUCCUUGCGGCCGAUGGCAGACUUGCUGAACGUCAAGGUUGAAUCAGAAGAUGAUCUCAUCCUUGUCUUUGUGGACCCCUCCUCCGAGGAGGCUCCGGCCUGGUCGUUGCAGAAUGCCCUGGUGCUUCUGGCCAAGCAUCGGCCUGGCCGACGGCGCGUCCUGGCCUUCCGAGACCCACAGCUGGCAGGAGCCUCUGGCUACACCUCUUCAGGUCCCCAGCUCCGUUCCCUGCUCUUCCGCUACGCCUUGGAUGCUGAGAUGGAGUCGUCUGGUGACUGCCGUGCUGGCUGGUCGAAGAUUGCCACGGUGGACCUGACGCGUUUCCUGGACUCCAAGAUGGUGGCGGCUAACGCGGUGGAUCUCAACAUCAAGUUGAUGAAGUGGCGGGUGCUGCCGGGCUUGGAACCUGACCGACUCAAGGAGCUCCGUGUGCUGCUGCUGGGUGCCGGCACCUUGGGCUGUGGUGUGGCCCGAGCGCUCAUGGGCUGGGGCUGCAGGCACAUGACAUUCGUCGAUGCCGGCAAGGUUUCCUUCUCGAACCCUGUGCGGCAGAGUCUGUUUACCCACAAAGACGCUGCGGACGGUCGCAAGAAGGCCACGGCAGCCAAGGAGGCAGUGCUAGCAAUCUUGCCAGAUGCAAAAGUUGAGGAUGUGGUGAUGGACAUUCCGAUGCCGGGGCAUCCCCACCAGUCCGCUGAGCUGCUGCGUGCGAAUGUCGUCAAGCUCCAGGAGCUCAUCGAGCGGCACGACGUCAUCUGCAUGCUGACGGACUCGCGCGAGUCGCGGUGGCUUCCCUCGCUCCUGGUGGCCGCGGCGCAGGAUCGAGGCAAAGAUGCACCACUAGGACUCACCGUGGCCUUGGGCUUUGAUUCCUUCCUGGUUUCCAGGCAAAGCUAUCAGAACUCCCCAGCGGCAUGCUACUUCUGCAAUGAUGUCACAGCUCCAUCGGAUUCGUUGGCCUUCAGGACCCUGGACCAACAAUGCACUGUCACGAGACCGGGGAUUUCGGGGCUGGCCAGCAACUGUGCAGUGGAAUUGCUUGCUGCACUCACACAGCACCAGGAUGGUUUCGCAGCAGCUUCAUCCAACACCGCCAGCAUCAGCGAGUCUCCUUUAGGCGGCGUUCCUCACCAGGUGCGCGGCUACGCGGCCGAGUACGCCUUGGCGCCCACGGAGACCGAGCCCUUUGGGCGGUGCAUUUGCUGCUCCCCGCAGGUGCUUCAACGCUAUGCAGCUGAAGGCAUGGGCUUCUUGGAGCAAGUCAUAGCUGAUUCGUCCAUCCUGGAGGACGUCUCUGGCUUGGCCGAGAUGAAAGCCGCAAUGUCAGGGAUGGAAGGAGAUGUAGAAGCAUUCGAUGAGUUCGAGGACCUGUAG